CAAAUUUUCAAUUCGAUUCGAACGCAUAAUUAAGUUAUUACCAACGACAUUUUACCGACUGAGUAAAAGAAAGGCUUGUUUACAACGGAAAGACGCAAUAAAUGAGGUAAAUGCACCUCAAGAUUUUUAUGGUUAUGAUAUCAUAACUCGAUAAAAAAGAACGUGAAAGAAAAGCACUUGCAAAAAGAGAGUAUAUAGAGAAUGGGCAGCUGGAGCUCUCUGUAAGGCUCAGGAGCUACUUGUUAAAGAAGAGAGAGCAAAAGGUCACUGCAUCCGUUGGAUUGUAAAUCUGUUAUACACUUUUAUAUGUCUGUGCAGAGAGUUGUUGACGAGACGACGACGCCCAUUCCACUGUAGAAAUAAGAUUCCACCGUCUGCAAUUGAGUCAGUCUGAAAGUGCGAUCAGUGCGUUGUUAAGUGUCGCGUGUGUUCAUGUUGUACUUAUAUUGUAAAAGUGCGACCGGUUAUCUACGAUUACUUAUACCAUCCUCAUUGAAUUGGGCCUCCUGACAAACGUACGGAUAGUACUCCCAAUCAGUUUCGCCGGAUACGAUCAAAGAGAGAGAUACAUGUUAAAAGUAUACAUGUUGUAAGCGCACUGGUGCGCGCGUGUGCCCCGUCCAAAACUUCGUCGGCGACGACGUUGCUAUAGUUUAAGUACCAUCACAGCUGCCUCGUCCACACGCGUCGUCGUCGGGAACAACUGCAUCCUUGCACUGGUGACAUAGACUAGUUUCAAGAUGCAGACAAUAAAGUGUGUUGUUGUUGGUGAUGGAGCUGUAGGUAAAACUUGUUUGCUGAUAUCAUACACGACAAAUAAAUUCCCCUCGGAGUACGUACCCACAGUUUUCGACAACUAUGCUGUCACAGUCAUGAUUGGUGGGGAGCCGUACACUCUUGGAUUGUUUGAUACAGCUGGUCAGGAAGAUUAUGAUAGACUCAGACCAUUGAGCUACCCUCAAACAGAUGUUUUUCUAGUCUGUUUUUCAGUCGUAUCGCCCUCGUCUUUUGAGAAUGUCAAAGAAAAAUGGGUGCCUGAAAUAACGCAUCAUUGUCAAAAAACGCCGUUCUUACUGGUUGGAACGCAAAUAGAUUUGAGGGACGACGCCGCAACCGUUGAAAAACUUGCAAAAAACAAACAAAAGCCCAUUACGGGAGAGCAGGGAGAGAAGCUUGCAAAGGAGCUCAAGGCAGUCAAAUAUGUUGAAUGCAGUGCGCUUACACAGAAAGGAUUGAAGAAUGUUUUUGACGAAGCAAUUUUAGCUGCUCUUGAACCACCAGAGCUAGUGAGAAGAAGAAAGUGCACCGUUUUAUAGAAAAACGCAUCAGAUUACCUGUUUUCUUCAAUAAUCGGCUCUUGAAACACUGCAAUGAUCGCAUCAACGUCUUUAUGUAUACAAUUGGUAUUGAAAAAGACAAACAAAGUAGCCUUUAAAUAACUGGCGAACGAGUGCAAGAAAAGUCUGUCACUUAAUAAGCUAAAAAACAUAAGGCAUUUUUUAACUAAUAAGCUAAUACUAAUGUAAAUUUUUUCCUAAUGAACUCGUUAGUCCAAGAAAAAAAGUUAAAAUCAUGUAAACAAAACGAUCUAGCAUGCGAUUUUCUACCUGUGGAGUUGUGUAUUGCGAGACACGAGCGCUCCUCCAUUGCGUACUCGGAGCUCUGUGGUUUCUAUAUUUUUUGUAUAGACAUUUGUACAAAAUAAAUAUUAUAAUUAUAUAAUAUAUUUGACGAUAUCAACAGAUACGGCAUAACAUAACAUAAUUUCCAUCCAAUGUUUUUUGAUAAAAGUUGAAGUAGUUUCAAAUAGUCUUUCUAUACUACCCCUUCCACUAAGAAACAUACAUAUUGUAUUUAUGAGCAAAAAUUUUUAUACAACCAAAACUCAAGCUGAAACAAAAAAUUACUAUUGUGAAAGUAAUAAAAUUUUGAAGACCUUUUUAUUUCACUUGCUUCAAUUUCACACAUGUACCGUUUACACGUAUACUUAU